GAGUAGCUUAAGUUAGAAAACUAAAGGAAAAUGGGACUACACAUAUUUUGGCCGGCAACCACGUGUUUGACUCUUAUUGUAGUUUGCGUCAUAAUAGUCAUACUGAAGUAUGGUUCUCGUCUGUGUAAAUUGCGGCACUCCACGUUGCCGUCAGACCAAGAAUGGGAAGGAAAAGCGUAUUCUAGAAAACUUUCUGUUUCUAUGGCCUAAUAUUACCAAGUAGAUAUCAGUAGUUGUUUUCAAGCAGCAGCUUUCAAUAUGUAGAAAAACAAUCAAAACUUGAAUCUCAAAAGAUAUUUAUAUACUGCAUGACAAUUCAAAUUGCAAUUUGAAUUUUAUACUUGCAUCUAGUUUAAAGUAGCAUAGCUGCUGAAGGAAAUAAUGCAUUAUAUAUAUAUACCUUUGUGUACAACACUUUUUAUACAUACAAAAUAAGUAGUGCUAACAAUUCCGUCCAUUUUUAUAUACAAAUGAAAUUUUUCUAAACAAUUUAUGUAACAAAUAAUUGGUAACAAUUGUACCUUUGAUAAUCAUGUAUGAAGAUUUGCCUAAUCUUUUUCUGUUGUGUGUCUAAACAAUUUUUAUAAUAAUUUCUUCACGUAUUUAGUGAACAGAAAAAUGAAUGAGACUGUAACCUCACAACAGUUUAUAUGAAAAAAAUGAAUCCGUCCAAUUUUUACAUGUAUGAUAUUGAUGUAACAAUUUUGCUAAACUUUUGUAAUUUUUAUAAAUAUUUUUCUAAGAAAUAAAUAUGCUUGUCUUUACAUAA